UUUAUAUAUAAAUUUUUUGUAAUUUUAUUUAUCAACAAAUGGAUCAAACAAAAUGUUUUUUACAAAUUAUUCAUACAAACAACAAUCAUCGAAAUGUCGAUGGAUCCAAUGGAUUGAGAAACGAUGGUAAAAGUAGACAACUUUCAUGGAAACUUCGUGAGCUAGUCGCAUCAAUCACCUGUAUGAGAGAUUAUCUACUAGCCAAUAAAAAAGAUUAUGUCAACAUAUACAAUUCAAUUCUAUAUUUAUCCUCGGCAAUGACCGAUGAGGAACGUGAUCAAAUCGAUAAAGAUGUUCAAGAUUUUGUCAAAUUGGGAAAUGAUGUAAUCAAAAUAUUACGUGUUGAAUUGAAAUCAAGGACCACCAAUCAACAAUUUGAACAUGAAUUGAAUGCAAUCAAUCUGGUCGAAAUGUAUCUACGAUCCAUCAACGAUAUGCACAAUAAGAAUAAAGCUUUGCGAUUACGAAGAAAUCUUUAUACACAAAAAUUUUUUCGCCUUAAUAAAUCAUUCACCAACAGCAAUAAUAAAAUCGAUGGUAUUGAUGGAUCAUCUUCAUCCGAUGAUCAGGUCACGGGCAAAAUUAUUAAGAUCAAGAAAGACAUGAAACCAUCCAAUAAACGUAUCGAUGGCCAGAAACAGGUUAACAAUUCAAAUUUGAAUGUAAAAUCAUUCUAUAAUAAUGAAUACCAUAAUGAAUCGUCUUCGAAUAAAGAACAAAUUAAUUCACGAUUAGCACCCGAAGAACAAAAACAAUUUCAGCUAGAAAGUAAACAAAUUUAUGAUCAAAUGAAUUCGAUGAAUGAAGAAGUGAUGAACAACAAAAAAUUAACGGAAAUAUCUAAAUUACAAGAAUUGUUUUCAGAAAAUGUUCUCAAACAAGAAUGUGAUCUAAAUAAUUUAAAUCAAUCGACCAUCACAUCGAAUGAAUCGAUACGUGAAGGUAAUGAACAGCUACGCGAAGCAAUGCGUAAGAAUGCCGGUCGAAAUGUUGAUAUGCACGAACUGUUGUUAUUAUUGCUGAAUCGAUGUAUGUACAACAAAGUUAUCUAUAAUGCUGGCCUAUUCAUCAUUGUUACCUCAGUGGAAGGCUAUGAAAUACUUUCGGCGAUUAUGAACAAAUCCGAUUUAUUCGUCAAUUGUCGUUUCCAAUGUUUAAUAUUCAAUCUAAUUGAAGGUGAAACAAUGGUGGCUAAAAUUCAGGAAUGUACACCACAAGGUGUUACAUUAAAUCUGAAUUUUUAUAAAUCAUUAGCCAUCGAUUCGAAUUAUUUGCCUAAUCCAUCAAAAUUUGAACAUAAUGGCCGCCGAUGGGUAUGGAUCAAAAAGAUUGGCAUUGAUGAACAUUAUUUCAGUAUCAAUGUCAAAGAAGAUGCACGGUUUAAAGUGUUAAAAACACGAUUUAAUCGAUUCAAUCUGCUCAAUCAACAACGAGUUAUUGAACCUAUGAUAACAAUGGCUACAUUUAAACAGGAUUUAUUAGGACCGAUUGAUUGGUGGAUUCGAUAAUUAUCUAUUUUUUUUUUUUUUUUAAUAUACAAGAAAAAAAUUGUAAAAUAAAAUUUAUUUAUAACUCAAAAAGUUCUAAUUGGA